UCCCUGUCGACAAAGUCGUAACUCCCUCAAGGACCGUGCAUGUGCCAACCCGGAAAUAACUGGACAAAAAGUGUGAACUUUUGUUUAUUGUUCCUCUUCGUGGUCAAAAGCACACCUGUACAUUGUGAUGACUUCAUCAACUGCUGGGAAGUCCCACAAAUGCCCCGGUCUGCGUUAGUUUGCGCACUUUGGAACCACCAACGUCCUUGGACCCUCCAAUGCGGUUUUAAAAACAUCAACAUGCAACAUUAUGGAGCGUUUUCCGGAUUGUUGUGGAUCAAAGUCUCACGUUGAAAUGUCCAGAUGGUAAGGAAUUUGGAUCCUCAUGGCAGCAGACGAAGACGAAGGGAUGUCCCUCACCAAGAACAUGGAGAUGGUCCCACUGAGACCCAGGAAGCCAGCAGGUGAGGAUGAAGUGUUGCCGUGCCCCAUGCAGGUGGCCAUCUAUGGGAAACAGGACAGGUGCCAAAGGACUAUGAAAUCAGCAUAUGUUCAUGUGCAGAAAUGUGGAGGGUUUGGUAUCAAGUUGUUCUUCCAUGAGAUAGCAGGACGAAUCUCCCAAUGGUUGCCGAGAUUCAGUCAAGACAAGGUCCGCAGAGAAAUCCUGGAGCAUGCCAGGUGCGGAGCCAACUGCUGCGGACGUUUGCACAACCAGGCCAGCUAUGAAUGUAAAGUCAGCCUCGACAAUCUCAACAGCAUCAUGGCUUGUAGGGAGACAGUUGUGCUGUCUUUCCAAGAAUGGGGACAACUAAAGGACAUUUUUUUCACAGGAAAGAAGAGUAGUAAGAGGCUGGAGCAACUGUUGAAAAGUUGGUUGUCAGAGAAGCCUUGGGAAAGUCAUCAGUUUGAAGUGGAUAUUCCGCCUGAUCAGUGCCUUUCCCAUGGGAAAGCUGUGUUGUGCAUAUACCCGAGGUGGCUCGUGUUGUCCAAAGUGUACAGCGAAAAAGAACUGAAGGAAAAAGUGGCUUGUCAGAACCUGCCGGAAGAAGAAGAAGAAGAAGAAAUGGAAGUAGACAGCAUAGAGGAUGUGCACGCACACGUGGAAGCAAAGUUGCCUUUCAGAGUACCACUGGUGGACCUGCGAACCUUCGGUCCCAACCACGGCACAGGCUUCUACCUGAAGGACGUGAACGACAGACAGUACUUCCUGCGCUGUGAGAAGGGGGAGGACAUCAACACCCAGAUUGAUGAGUACAGAGAUGACUUGUUCCAGCAGCUGGCAGAUAAGUUCCAAACGGCUUCAAAUGUAGAUCAAGCAACAAUAUCACAGGUUUUACAGCGUGAUGGUUUCUUGUUAAAUGUUGGGGUGUUUGCAGAAAAGCCACAACCUGGGAAAGAUUGGUGUGUGUAUGUGUUUAUGACACAUCAAAAGACUGAUCUGGAGGCAUUGGUAGAGAGCAAGAACCUCCAGCUGGUUUGUCCUCCGAGGCCAGUCGCUAUCAGCACCGACAUGCGCUGUCCUAAACUGGAGGGGAACAAGGGAUACAAGGUGGAGAACCCUGGAGCUGAUGAGCAGCUUCAGUUAUGUUAUGAAGCGCUGAUGGAGGAGAGGCGUGGCCCGGCAGAUGCUCCCAACAUGUCCAGCUACAAGAUCAAGGUGUCUCCCAUGAGGUCCAGUAGAGGGAGCUACGUCAAUUCCACCUUCCAUGGGAAUAUGUGCUUCCAAGCAGGGGCAAAGCCUGUCUUUUCCUUCACUGCAGAUUUCAGUAGGCAGAAUGAAAGCCUUGGGGAGGAAGGCUACCCACUGACAGUGAGAAAGUCACCUCUGAACCCAUCCUGGCUGAAACGGAGAGAGCGGUUGGUUGAGAUGUUGUCGUGUAAGAUGCCCUUCAACAACAACUGGGAGAUGCUGGUGGAGAAGAUAGGGCUCGACUAUACAGCCUUACUGGAGGUGGCCUUUAGGCUGAACGUGGCAGUGUUUGCUGACAACCCUUCUGUUGGAGGCCUGUGGACUGUCAUGAUAGCAAUAUCAGGAAAUAAGGACCUCAAAAUGCUGAACAAGGUAGUGAAGGGCUAUGUGGUGUGCCCUGCCAGGAGUAUUGCUGUUGGCCAGGGUGAAGACAUGAACUUGGUGAUCAACAUCAAGUCACAGGGAUGGAGUCUGAAGGAUACACCUCGCACUGUGGUGCUCCCACACGAACGACUUCGAAUCCUGACAGACAACCAGGAUUUUGUGUGUCACAAGGAGGUAACCAUACUGCAUGAAGAAUCCAACAAGUACCAGUUCCAAGCCCAGAUUGUUGCAUCCCUGGGGAAAAGAGACAUUACUUUCAGUGUGCAUGGAGACUUCAAGCUUUACGAGGACAACAGCACCAAUGGAGAGCCUAUCUAUGAGCUCCACAGUCCCAAAGCCAAGAGUAAGUGGUUGCCGGUCUCCAAGAGACUAAAGCUGUGCCAGAUGCUUGACUGGAACCUUCCUCUGGGGAACAACUGGAAGAUGAUGGUGGAGAAAAUAGGGCUGGAUUUUCAGGCCCUGAAGCAGAUUGAGGAGGUGAGCUACAGGGAGGGAAGGUCGCCUACGGAGCUUCUCCUUCAGGACUGGGAGGCUCGCCAGCCCACACACUUCACACAGGACAACCUGUACAGGAUCCUGCGCCAACUAGAGCGCAAAGACGUCAUCACGGACUGCGGUCUCAGACUGUCCUCGUCCUCGGACAAUCCUCUCACCCAUUCUUCUCAAGCCUUCGACGAAUCUCUAAAGCCCGAAAAUAAUCAUUUCUGA